CGCGUGCUGCGACGUGUCAUCACGACGACUUUGCAUCGCGGGACGAUCCUCGGGCGCGGAUCGCCAUUUCUCUUGAGUGCAUCUCUCUCGAUCGGAUCGCUCUGUUCGGGAAGUUUGGCGCUGCGAACGAUCGUUCGACAGACGAAAACCUCUGGAAGUAUGAGUAACAACGUGCUCGCGAGCGCGUCGUUCUCGAGAAGAAUCUGGCACGGUGCACCUGAAUGGAUAAAAGAUGACGGUCUCUUAUCAGUACGAGGUCGCCAGUUCCACCAGCGGUGGAUUCACCAGGCUCCUGCUUAUGUGGCGCGGUUCCCUCUACAAGCUCAUCUACAGGGAACUGCUGCUCUUUCUGAUUCUCUUCGGUGUCUUGUCCGCGCUCUAUCGUCACGUCUUCACUACCGCGCAAAAAAGGGAAUUCGAGCAAGUUGUCAUUUACUGCGACACCUUGAUCAAACUGAUCCCGCUGAGCUUCGUGCUUGGAUUUUAUGUGUCCUACGUGGCGCAGAGAUGGUGGAAGCAAUACACAGCGAUACCGUGGCCCGACAAGGUGAUGCAUCUCGUGGCGCUCUACGUCACCGGAAACGACGAUUACAGUCGGAUGCUGCGCAGGGCCCUGAUGCGUUAUCUAAACCUCUCUCUGAUACUCGUGCUACGUUCCAUAAGCUCGGCGGUGAAGAGACGAUUUCCCACUCUCGAUCACGUCGUUGAUUCCGGCUUCAUGACCACGCUGGAGCUCCAGUUGUACCAGGCGGUGCCGAGUGUCGAGUUUAACACCUAUUGGAUACCGUGCACAUGGUUCAUUAAUCUCCUCAAGGAGGCACGCAAGAACCACCGGAUAUCCGACGCGCAAGGUUUAAAGCUAAUAAUGGAGGAAUUCAAUGAGUUUCGGACGAAGUGCGGUCUCUUGUGGAGCUACGACUGGGUGUCGAUCCCUUUGGUGUACACCCAAGUGGUGACACUCGCCACUUACAGUUUCUUCGCGGUCGCCAUAAUCGGCCGACAAUACAUCGAGGGCGUCGAGAAGCAGUUUCAAUUGAAGAUAGACAAAUACGUGCCCAUUUUCACGAUUCUGCAGUUCUUCUUCUUUAUGGGACUGUUGAAGGUAGCCGAACAGCUGAUAAAUCCUUUCGGCGACGACGAUGAGGAUUUCGAGCUGAAUUGGCUGAUCGAUCGUCACGCCAAGGUAUCGUAUCUCGGAGUGGACACGCUAAUGAACCGCUGUCCGCCGCUCGUCAAGGAUAUCUACUACGACUCCGAAAACGUGAGCCUGCCGUAUACGGAAGCGGCCGCGGCGUACAAGAAGAAGACUUAUCGCGGUAGCGUGGCGAACAUGAUGGUACCCGAGGAGAAACAGAUGAUGUUCUUGCCCGGAAUUUUGGAGGAAGACGAGGAAUGUACGACAAUUCUGACGCCUCGCACUUCCACCGCCAGUUUGGCGAACCCGAACGAUAGUCCGGUGAACGAAAGGCGCCAGAUCAGCGGGUCCCCUUCAACACCUGCGAAGAUGGCUCGCAAUUGUUCCGAAACGGUUGUGCAGCUGGAUGGUCAAGAGCAACCGCCGGCUGAAACGGAGCACCGACGGGUAAUAGUCGAGGCCGUCCGGAAGUUCUCCUCGUUGGCGAGGAGCUCGGCGUCUCGCGUUCUGACAAAAUCGCCCAGGCCGGUGUUGCGCCCCUGGCCGAGCGCGGCGAACAUUUCGCGCCCCGUUCAGGUAGCGUCGAUUCCGACGCCGAUUCCCUCGUCGGCAAGUAUCGUUGAAACCGCGGAUCCCUGGAGGAAGGAUUCGUUCAAGAGUCUACAUCGUCGGCCCUCCGUCGAGGAUUCCGACGGACGACCCAGCGUCUCGUCGCAGGGCGAGAAGAAUCAGGAAGGCGUCGUGAACUCGGCGUUCGCCGAGGAGAAGGUGGAUAACAUAUCGGACAUUUGCGACUGCGACGACAUUGAGGAAGAUGACGACGAUGGCCCUUCGUACCGGUCUCGAUGCAGGCAGACCUCCUGUCAGCAAUCAUCGACUCCAGAGAUGAUCGAUAUGUCCGUGAUCGGCGGCGAACCAAGUCAUUCGAGCGUCAAGAGUUCUCCGAAGUACCUGGUGACCAGGCGAGAUCGGUCGAGCAGCGAUUCCAGGAAGAACAGGGGUAUCCACUGGCGACCGAGGCUGUCCGGCAAACCAUUGAAGUUCCGCAGAAGAACCACCGACAGCAUACCCACGGUGGGCGAGAUCUUGAGUCAGACCUGGAGCUCGCCGAACCUGAGAGACUUGGAGGAACAGGCGAAGACUGUGCAAAGUGUCAAAUUUGAUACUUCUUGUAAGCAGGAAGAAGAUUCUAAAUUAUAAUGUAAUAUUUCAAAGACAAUGAUUUUUAUAUCUAAACAGAGGUGUAAACUUGUAACAAUUUUGAAGAAAAUUUGCUAAUGAGAUUCUUUUGCAAAAUAAAUUAUGUUUCUGUUGAA